CGACGUGGGUCGGCCAUGGCAGUGGUAACGUAAACAUGGCCGCGGAGAGCAGCGACGGUUUGCCAAUAUCCCCGUCUGAGAAAUCGCUCACCGGCAGCCUCGCGUCCGAUGAGAACGACAAGAGUGUCUCGCGUUCGCCGUCGAGCUACUCCAUACGGGAGGACAAAUGGCCGGACCUGGUCGUGUCCAGGCCCAGGAAACUGGACGCCUGGUGGCUGCCGAGACCAACGAUAGAGGAAUCUUCUAUGCGGCAGGAAUCCCUGACCGGCCUGAAACUGCGUCCGCCGGGCGAUCACGGUGGUGUACAUCACGGCGGAAUCAUGCUGGAGGAAGACAUGGCUGGUGCUCAGGACACGAUAUACCUGUGCAACUUUCGGGUGUCAGUGGACGGCGAGUGGCUCUGCCUGAAGGAGCUCCAGGACGUCGAGUUCUCGCUGCAGGACUCGAUGCAGCGAUCGCCCUCGCCGCCCCUCGCUCUCAGUGGUAUUAAUCACCAUCACGAUCACCACCACCAUCACCACCACCACCACCAUCAUCAUCAUCAGCAACAGCUUCCCGAGCAGCGAGAGCUUCGCGAUAUUAUGCCGUCAAGUCCGCCAUUGCAGCACGUCUCCAGCUUGUCACGGGACCCGGUGAUCAUCGAGAGGAGUAAUCUUGUUAACAUUUCCAAAUUAAUCGUCAAGGAGCUGAUUGAAACAUCCUUGAAAUAUGGUCGUAUGCUUGAUUCCGAUCACAUGCCGUUGCAACACUUUUUCAUCGUUCUCGAGCAUGUACUCAGGCAUGGUUUACGGCCAAAAAAGGGUCUUCUAGGACCUAAGAAGGAGUUGUGGGAUAUUCUGCAGCUCGUAGAGAAAUAUUGUCCUGAAGCACAAGAUAUUACAUCCAGCAUUCGUGAUUUGCCCACUGUUAGGACGGCUAUGGGUAGGGCGCGCGCUUGGCUGCGUAUGGCGUUGAUGCAAAAAAAGCUGGCCGAUUAUCUAAAAGUUCUCAUAGAUCACAAGGAUGAUAUUCUAUCGGAAUACUUCGAGCCGGACGCUCUCAUGAUGAGUGAGGAGGCAAUUGUGGUGAUGGGUUUAUUGGUAGGAUUAAACGUGAUCGAUUGCAAUUUCUGCGUAAAGGAGGAAGAUCUUGACUGUCAGCAAGGUGUGAUCGACUUUUCGCUCUAUCUACGCAACAGUAAUCACAUACCUGGCGAGUCGCCAGACGACGAACUGGAGAACGACAAUAUGACUACGGUGCUUGAUCAGAAGAAUUACAUCGAGGAGCUGAACCGACAUUUGAACGCGACGGUAACGAAUCUUCAAGCGAAAGUAGAAUCUUUGACGACAACGAACGCUCUCAUGAAAGAGGACCUCUCCAUCGCCAAGAAUAACAUCCUGUCGCUUCAAGAUGAGAACAGGCAGCUGAAGAAAGAACUUGGUAUCGAAGUCAAAGAUGCGAACGAGAACGGGAAAGUACCCCUUAAGAUUACCGAAACCACGGCCGAAAUGGAAGAACUCAGGAGCAGAGUAGAGUCCGAAAAGAAAUUUCGGCAUGAUCUAGAAAAAGAGUUGGAGUUGCAGAUUAGCAUGAAAUCCGAAAUGGAAGUAGCUAUGAAGUUGUUAGAGAAGGACAUACACGAAAAGCAGGAUACUAUAAUAUCUUUGAGGCGGCAGCUGGAGGAUAUCAAGUUAAUCAACUUGGAAAUGUACAAAAAGCUGCAGGAGUGUGAGCAUGAGCUGACACAAAAGGGCGAGAUGGUGAGCCGCCUCCACGCGAAGACCAAUCAGAUCGGCAAGAUCCUCAACAACCUCGAGAAGUACAAUCACCUGAUGAAGGACGGCGAGAGCAUGCGGAGUCCCACCACCCCGGGUGGUGUGUCGAAAUCUAUCUUCGCUAAGAUUAGCCCGACCUCGCCGAUGGGUUGCUCGGUCGUGGCGGAGAGCACGACCGCACGACCGACGGUCGACCACCAACGCUCCGUCGACGAGCAGCCGACGUCGAAGCCCUCUAAUGAUAAAUUGAAACAGAGCUAUUCCAGCACCGAGAUCUCCAUAAACAAUUCAACGACCGAGCAAGAAUGCGAAGGCUCGCUUAAGCAUAAAACAGAACUGAUCACAAAGCUGGAAGCUAAAACACUGUCGAUGACUGAGACCAUCCAGAAAAUGGAUGAGAAGUGCAAGGAGAUGGACGGCGUGAGAACGGGGGCGGAGGAGCGAGUGAGGAUCCUGGACGCAGCGGCGGCUGAGCGGGAAGCGCGGACCAACGGGGUCGAGAGGGAAUUGCGCCUCGAGCGCGAGUGGAGGACCUCCUUGCAGGAAACGUCGAUCAGUAACACGGAGAAGAUCUCUCAAUUACAUCAGGAGAUCGAUCAGCUGAAACGGGUGUCCGAGAGGUACUUGACGCUGCAGGACGAGUAUUACGCGCUGAAGGAGGUGUGCAGCGAGCAGGAACGAACUCUGGAGGAACUUGGUGGACAAUUGAGCACGGCGAAAUUGGCGGCGGCCGAUCUGCGCGAGGCCGCUGACGACGCUCAGCGACGGCAGCAGCAAUCGACGUUGCAAGAGAGCUCGGUUACCUGGACGAAUGAUCGGCUGGUCACCCAGUGCAAGGGCUGCAGCCGCGAGUUCAACAUGACUCGUCGCAAGCACCACUGUCGUAAUUGUGGCAACAUUUUCUGUAACGCCUGCAGUGACAAUACUACAGCUCUGCCGAACUCGGCGAAGCCGGUGCGUGUCUGCGACGAGUGCUACGUGUUUCUGGUUAACCGUUACUCAGUGGUGCGUUAAUAACCCGCGCCCCAUUGUGCUUUUUCGUAAGCAACUCCGGCAAACACGGAUAUUUUAACUCAGUAUGCAGUAUCUCAAAAAGGGCAGGAUCAAGGACGCAAAGCGGAAGGAGGAACAAGGGCAACACGAAAUCUGUCCGAAAAUGUAGUGCACGAGCGUUUCAACCUGCGUUUCACUUUUCACGGCACGAUCGACUACGUUAACGGUAUUCCGCACGCUUUGCGGCUUCCCGAAAUCUUUUCGCGAUGUUUGAGAAGCGCGCGUUCUGGUUUGCACGUCCAAUCUCGUGGAUGAGUCGCUCCGAGUAAAAUUGGGAAAAUCGAUGAAGCAUUUUUCGCGAAUAUUACGCGCGACACCAUUAUUGCAGUCGAUCGUUAUGUUAUUUCAGCGUUAUGCCUGAGCAUUCAUUGUAAAUUGGUUGCGUGCGAUGACAGGUGAACCAAUUUGCCGUGAGCAACAUUUUGUUUCACGUUGAUUCUUUUUUCACGAAAAUACUCGUACGAUAUUUUAAGGUUUACACGAUUGGGUAGGGCGGGAGGGAGGAGCGGCUGGAGAAAUGUACAAUUUAUCAAAUUUUACUGCUGUGUAACGUAAUGUUUAAUACAUUUUAUAAAUGACCGACAAAAUAUACGGCCGAUGGGGAACCGGUAAUAUUUCGUUUUUGUCCAGCGGUAUUUUAUUUUGUCACAGAGAUGCGUUUCGCUGUGCUACAAUCACAAUUAUCUCAACGGCGGCGGGGCGAAGGAAUAUCCGACGAUUGUAUCGGCGUUAACCGCGAGAACUUUACGGGAAUUCAGCGGGAAUUGCACCCUGCUUCUAGUACGUCUUGAUAGCAGCCGCAUCCGUCACGUUCCGCUCAUGAGCGGAGCUAGGUCGUAUCAUUGUAAGAAUCGAGGGUCGAUUUGUAAAUUCUCAAAACUGCGGAGUCGCCUGCUCGCGCUGCAGUGUCCAAACGCGUGUGCCUGUACAACGAUAUUUUUCAAAAAAUGUUCUAUACCGCCUAUAAAAAAAAGAUUAUACGGAAAUAAAUGAAAUGGUUUUUUAA